AUGGCAGAGCCUCAGAGUCAGUGCCAGGAGCUGCAGAGGCCUCCACAGCAAGAGGCCUGCUGUUGGCGAUUUGAGCCAGUCACUGUGCUAGGCAAUCAGGGGGUCGUAGUGCUGACUGCUAAGCGAUUCCUUUUUGCUUCAAAGAAGAGCAGCAGCAACAGCAGCUGCAGCAACGGAGGCGAAGAGAAGGACGGCAGUGGUAACAAAGUUUUCUGGGAGGUUUUGCUGCAGUUCCCUCUCGUCUGUUGGACCUCAACAGAGCGAUCCAAGAAAGCUGCAAAGGCCCGCAUUUCAUACGUGGCUCCUACGGCAGCAGCAGCGGCAGCCCCAACAGCAACAGUUGCAAUAAAUGCAGAUGGUGUUUCGUUAGCGCAAUCUGUCGUCGUUGACUUCAUGGGAGUGAGGGACAAGAUGGAUCUUUGCUGCCGUUCCCUCCAGACGCUCGCCUCUGCUGCGCGAACAGUUCAGUCCAGCAGUAACCUGGCGUGCCCGUUGGAAGUUCCAUUGCUGCUGCAGCUGCUGCAGCUGCCCCCAAACGCUGUGCUGCGGGUUGCGCCGGCGCUCCUGCAGCAGCAAGAGCUGUUAAAACAGCGUUUACAAGAGAAAAAACAGCAGGAGGCAGAGCAGGACGAUCAGCAACGGAUUCCAGAAGACAUGACUGACGGACGGGCGCCAGCACGGAAGGAAGCUGCUGCUGCCAAGCACUCAUUGGGUGGCGCUCAGCAGAGUUCGGCUCGUGAUAAAGGAACAGUGAAUGCAGCAGCAGCAGCUGGAAGCCGUCCUAGUGCAGCAUCAGCCUCUAUGGCGUCAGCGACUUCAGCCCCAGUGGCUUCUGCAAUCGAGCCUCCAAACUUGGAAAAGCUCCUGCAGAAGCAGCGGCAGCAAGAGGCCGAGCAGCUGCAGCAACUUCAGCAGCAGCUGCUGCAGCAGGAUCCGGAAAUGCGAGAACUGUACCAGACGCUUGUGGGGCCUCCCGAGGGGCUUCCUUCAGGCAACAGCCAGAAGGGGCUCUCACCGAGUGAAUUCUGGAAGCUGCAUGAACAGCAUCUGCAAGCGCUGAAACCGCAGCCUGCUCCUGAGGGGGUAUCUGCUUCGUUUUUGUCUCGGCCCCCUCACUACCAUCUAGAGGGCCAGCAAGCGGGCCAAGGGGGAGGCGCGUCGGCGGAGUUGGUGGUAGACUGUAGCGAACAAAUGCUCAAACAAAUACUUGAGGAGGACACAACCAUAAGGUUGGCUUACGAGGCACUAGUCAGCACGGGCCGUAUGACAGCGGAACGUUUUUGGGGACGCGUGUUUCGGUCCCGCUAUUUCCAGUCUGGCAUUGGUUUGCCAGAGCGUCAAAAAGAAAUGGACGACGAAGAAGCCUCUGCUCUAAUUGCGUCAUUUCUGAAAGAAACGCUUGUCUCAUCGCGGGAUGCCCUAAGCCUUCCUGGAGUUGAUCGGACUCUCCUGUCUGACGCGGACUUGAGGGUCAGGGGCUUUGGACUGCCUGACGGUCUCUCGUCCUUAGCUGGUGAUCUCGCCGAGAAGCCCAUACCUAUGGGAGGAGCUUCUGCUCCGGCAUCUGCCGUUGCUGCUGUUGGCAGUGGCAGCCUCGUUGGGCGCUUCAACAAACACUCGCAACGGCUCUUGCUGCAGCAGCUUCUGCAGCCGGCAGCAGCUGCGGCUGUCACCGGCGAUAAGGCAGGUUAUCAGGAGAAACUGCAGCUGCUGGUACAACAAGACGAACUCCUGAGGAGGCAGCGUGGUGUCACCACUGGUACAGGAGUUCCAGCAGCUGAUCCUAAGGAUGCGGCCACCAUUGGCUGCGGAGUAUUGGAAGAGGAGGCGCCGCUAUUGGCGUCUUUGCGGCUCGAGGAGCUGGAAGAUGCUGUGCCCGCCAAGCAUCAAACUCUUGAGGUCAGCAGGCGGCAGUUGUACGCUGCAGGGGCUCGAGUGUGGCGGAGUUCUCCUUCGCGUUCUUUUGAAACUUCAGCAAGGCCUCCGACCACAGCUGGAAUACCACUUCACAGCUUAGCCAAAAGUGAUAGGGCUGCAGAAGGCGCAGCAAUAGAGAAGGGAACCAGAUGUCUGCAAGUGGCACAGGAGGUGGCAGCCGCUGAAGCGUGGCUUUGGAUGCAACGAGAAAAGGCGAAAGAUCGAAACAAAGGAGCACGGCAAACGGCUGAAGAGGUGGCCGCGGUAUACGAGACUGGCCGCUACAUGUUCGUCUUCAAUACCAAAUUAUGUCAAAAGGAUAAAGCGGCGCAGGUGGCCACUCUUGACUACGAGGCUGCGACAGUCAACGCUGUGCGAGCUCAGCAGGCGCGCGUAGGCGAGUUGCUGCGUCACUUUUACAACACAACUUUGCCUGAGGACAAGAAACGGAUACGACUCAUACAGGCCCUGGAUUCCAUUAAAGCCGAGCUUGAGAAUUCCCAAGACAUCUCAGGAGGCUUCACAGGGGCGGCGACGAAGGCUCUGAGUGCUCCCAUAGUAGAGCAAAUCAAUGCAGCGCGAAGGCAUGCUCACAGACUACAACGCUUACUACAGGCUGCCAGGGAGAAGCGAGCGACCCAGCAGAGCCGGCAGGCAGGGCAGCAGCACCACCACCAUCACCAGCAGCCUGUCCCAUAG